CAAUCUAACUGUACGGAUACAUUCCCUGUCGGACCACUUCUCACGUGAUCUCCUACGCAAUACGCCAGCAGCCAACUAAUGUUCUCCGUCAGCAGCAGACCAUUUGCACUGUGACAUUCGAGGUAACACCAACGGAGACCUAAUGUCAGUCCACUGCUAAUGGCAGAAAUCUGAACGAAACAUGACUGCCGAGACAUUCAGAGCAGUCCGCCUGUGUCGGCAUCAUCUGUCCCUGCUGGAGCGACUCCAUGCCUCGCCUCAUGUGCCUCUCCGUAGCCCCUUCAGCACGCACAGAGUAGGGAAGAGUCGGGGAGUCAUGAAGAAGAUGCUGCUAGGUGUUGCCGUGGGCACGCCGGUGCUGGUGGGAGUCAAGUACGCCGUAUCUGAGCCGAGGGAGAGGAGGAAGAUGAAGAUCUUAUCAGAAGGCGUGGGGCGCUUCUGUAGGUCUUUGCAUGUUGGAAUGGUGAUCUCCGGAGAUUACUGGUGGACCUCCAAUGUUGCUCUCAGGGGAAUGGAUGAGAGCAGCCCGGCGUACGUGGCGGGUAUGUCGGCGUGCCACCAGCGGGCCGCUGACAACAUGGUGGAGGGAGCCGUGCAGAACGGAGGCCUCUACGUCAAACUGGGCCAGGGCCUGUGCGCCUUCAACCACCUGCUGCCCCCCGAGUACGUUCGCACACUGCGCAUACUGGAGGACAAGGCCCUCAAUCGCAGGUACAAGGAGGUAGACGCCCUUUUUCAGGAAGAUUUCAAUACAACUCCAGGGAAGAUGUUCAAAAAGUUCGACUACGAGCCGGUGGCCGCCGCCAGCCUGGCCCAGGUGCACAAAGCAGAGCUGCAUGAUGGGACAGCGGUGGCAGUGAAGGUUCAGUACAUAGACCUGCGGGAUCGCUUUGAAGGUGACAUCCGGACGGUGGAGAUCCUUCUAGACAUCGUGAAGCUCAUGCACCCCAGCUUCGGCUUCCGCUGGGUCCUCAAGGACCUGAAGGGCACCCUGGCUGAGGAGCUGGACUUUGAGAAUGAAGGCAGGAACUCCGAGCGCUGUGCUGAAGAGCUGAAACAUUUCAAAUUCAUUGUGGUGCCAAAAGUCUUCUGGGAUUACACCAGCAAGAGGGUGUUGACUGCCGAGUUUUGUGAGGGCUGCAAAGUCAACAAUGUGGAAGAAAUCAGGAGGCAGGGCCUCAGCCUGAAAGAUACCGCAGAUAAGCUUAUUCGGACAUUUGCCGAGCAGAUCUUUUAUACAGGAUUCAUUCAUGCUGAUCCACACCCAGGCAAUGUGCUUGUGCGGCGAGGGCCAGACAAGAAGGCUGAGUUGGUUCUCCUGGAUCACGGCCUGUACGAGUACCUCAGUAAAAGUGACAGAGUAGCCUUGUGUAAGCUGUGGCGUGCUAUCGUUCUGCGGGAUGAUGCAGGCAUGAAGACAUACUCCAAUGAUCUUGGGGUCAAAGACUACUUCCUGUUCUGUGAGAUGCUCCUGCAGCGGCCCAUCAACAUGGGGGAGCUGGGUCUAGGGAACAUCCUGAGCCGGGAGGAGACGGCGUACAUGCGCGACAUGGCCGCCAACCACUUCGACAACAUCAUGCGGGUGCUGAAGGCCCUGCCGCGGCCCAUGCUGCUCGUGUUCCGCAACAUUAACACGGUGCGCAGCAUCAACAUCGCUCUGGGCGCGCCCGUCGAUCGCUACUUCCUCAUGGCCAAGAGUGCCGUUGGAGGCUGGGGCAAGAUCCAGGCGGACGACACCAGGGUGCUCCCCAGCUUCAGACUCUUCCGCUGGCUCUGGACCUCCUGGGAGAGCCUCAAGUUUGAGGUCGCCCUGAGGUCAGAGAUGGCGAUGAUGAGUCUGACACGCUCGCUGCUCCAAGUCCUCUCCUUCUUUGGUGUCAUCACUCUGGACCAGGAGAUGUACCAGUACUUGAAGUGAGAUGGACAAAGCUUUUACCCAGACACCCUUCCUACCUCUUCCUACCUCAGCAAGGGCCUCCUCCUGUGGAUAUCUGCAUCUGGCACAGCAUAAUGCAAAGAGGAAGAUCAAAUCAGGGUUUCAUUUGAAGUCCCCUCAGGCUUUUUUUAUUGGUGGAUGUUGAAGGGCUUUUUAUUUAUUGAUUUGUUUUAUCAUCAAACUGGUGCUAUUUUCUAUUGUGGACUCUCCAAGCACAGGUUUUUUUUUUAAUGUUCCUGCUCUUCCCUGCAAAGAACAUUUUAAUUUAGCUUGUUGAAGAAACCCAAUGAAGGUAGACCGAUGGCAUAAGAAGUGAAACUGAAGAGGGAAAAUAUAUCUACCUUAACAUUCACAGUUCACAUUUUUCCCCAUACAGGUUAUACUGUUGAGUUUGACACUGAAGUAGACGGACAGACUUUUUAGUCUUACAUGAAUGAUGUUACAAGUGUUUUUUUUAAGCCAUUUCUGGCAUAAUUUAGAUCUGUAAUACAUUAAUUAAACAAAACAAAUAUUUCUUACAUUUGUUUAGCAAUGCCAUUACUUCUGCAGUAACAUAUACCGAAGAUUUAUAUUUUACAUAUCUAUGCCUUCAUAGCACACGUUCUCAUGGAUUGACGUUUAGCCAUUUGAGUAGCACAGACACGUUCAUGUUUUGUAAACAUAGAACAUCCCAGAACAAGAGGAAGAUGAUCAGAUGAGCACCACAGUACACUACAAUAAACUUGUUGCUGUCGUCACGGGAACAUGUGUGUGUAUUCAGUUAGUGUUAUGUUUGAUCUGCUGCCUACAUUCAAUAAUUAAGCCGUUUUUUUUUAACCAUGUGAUAAAUAGAAUAUAUGCACAAUGUGCGGUUUCAUUGAGCACAUAAGGUAUAGAAUAAAAAAAUCAAGAAAGGUA